CCAACACUACUAUCAUUGCACAUUCGGCUUAAUAGGCACUUUUUAUAUUCAAUUAAUAUGGAUAUAAACGACGUAAAGUGGUUGCAAAAAGUAGUGCCCUUGCUUUACAAUGCAUUGGAGCAGUUGAAAAAGAUGGAAGAAACAAAAAAGGAGCCGCCGAGGCGUAGAAAACGACGUGCAACACCAUCGCCACCUCCAUCCCCUGAGCGCCGGCCAGAGGAAUCGCAGAAAACUGAACCACAGAUCAAUCGUACAAUUUGGGUGAAAGAAGAGUAUCUCUACCGCGAUAGGGAGGGCUUCUUUGCCACAACAUUCGAGAAUUUAUAUGAAAAUAACCAUGAAGAAUUUAAGGCUCACACCAGGAUGACACCCCGAGUUUUCGACAUGCUUUUUGAUCUGGUGGCGGAACGAUUAACAAAGAACUCUAUACGUACGCCCAUUUCCCCCGAAUGCCGCCUGUUCCUUACCUUGAGGUAUUUGGCCAGUGGUGAGAGCACCGGGUGCUUGGCAAAGUCCUUCAAAAUGGGUCCCUCAACCGUGCGUGCGAUAGUUCGGGAAACCUGUGACGUUUUGUGGACAACAUUGUCUCCCACCUUGAUGGCCCAGCCCAAAGAGGAGGAGCUGCGUGCCAUUGUCAGGGGCUAUCAAGAUAAAUUCCAGGUGCCCCAUUGUCUAGGUGCCGUAGACGCCAAACGAUUGGAAAUUUCAUUCAAGGGAAAAGAAAAUCUGGUUCUACUGGCGGCCUGCGAUAAGAACAUGAUUUUCAUUAGAAUCGAUAUUGGUUCGGUCUUUACCCCUGCAUGUCGAGUGGAUUGGCACUAUGAAUUCGGAGCGCAGCUUUUUGGGGAGCAACAGCCAGAAGACAUGGGUCCUGCAUCCCUAGAGAGUCCCGAUUUGGGCCAUGCCUUUAUAGCCAGCUCUGCUUUUCCCCUUGGCAACCAGCUUAUAACGCCAUACCCCACACCUACGUUGGAGGACGACCAACUACUUUACAAUCAGAAUCUGGCCAUAGCCUUGGAGGACACAAUCGACAAGGCCUUCAGAGUGUUAAUGUCACGUUGGCGAGUCCUUUCCGAGACCAUCUACUGCAGCAAAGUCAUUGCAGAGAAACUGGUACGCGCAGCUGUUGUUGUACACAAUUUUGCCAAGCGGCACGAUGACACCUACUGUCCGCAUAGUUUCCUGGAUACUGUUACGACCGUACGAGCUUGUCCUUCUUCCACAGAUGUGCCCACUGAUUGGCUACGAUACGGAACGAAAGAUCAACAAAGAAUAAACUCGGCGAGCGAGUUGCGGGAUACCAUUAAGGAUGUGAUGAGCAAGGAAUCUUCAGAGCCGAGUAUAUUUGAAGCUCUGCUUGAUAGUUUAGAAUGGAACUAGAAUAAAUCCAUAUGGGAUAGAUGUUAAUUAAUUAAUUAAUU